AACAAAUAUAAGAUUUACUUAUAAAAACUGUGCUGUGUUGUGUGUCCUAGUGAUAUACCGUGUGCACCAAAACCUUUAAGUUAUAAUGGGUAACAAGCAAUUGAAUAAAAAGAAGACAUCUCGAAAAAGACAACUCGGAAGAUUCCAACAAACAAUGGAACUAACGAAAAGAAGAAAAUUGGAUAAUUUCACAGCCGAACAUGAUACUAUAUCUUUAGACUACAUCGAACUGCAAAAUAUGGAAAUGGAAUCUCCGAUUUCAUCAACCACUGACAUUCAAAGUAACGAUGAGGCGACCGGCUCAAACAUUUUGAACCCACGCAUUGCACAGGUGGAUGACACUUAUCGGGUUCCUAGUAUAUUAGAGGAAGAAGAUACCCAUGAGGUAGGUGAUUCAUGCUAAUUAUGCUUAUUGAUUGUAGAGCAGAGAACAAUUUUACCUUUUGUACUAACUACCUAGCUAGAA